UUUGUAAACGUAACGCGGCCUGCUGGGUUCGAUAGACAGUCGGCGAUCCGAAGGUCCCCGUUGAUUUUCUACGUCAAUCACUAGAAGCCUCUCUAUAGUUCUUCCGUCCUUAGCUGGUGUGAUAAACAGACAGGAAUCGAGAUCGAGAUUGAGAUCCUCUCGCAAAACCAAGGAUGUCUUCUCCCGCUGAAUUCUACAAUUCUCUUCCACCAGUGAGCAAGGCUUAUGGUACUCUGUGCUUUUUGACUACUGCAGCAUUCCAAUUGGGUUUGUUUGAUCCUGUGAAUAUUGCCUUGAUAUAUCAUCCAGUAUUUACUAAGUUUCAGAUAUGGAGGCUUCUUACCAACUUUUUCUUCCUUGGUCCAUUUUCAAUCAACUUUGGCGUACGGCUCCUAAUGAUAGCAAGAUACGGUGUACAAUUGGAGAGGGGUCCAUUUGAUAAGCGCACAGCAGAUUUUCUUUGGAUGAUGUUGUUCGGAGCAUUUAUCUUACUGGUUUUAUCUGCCAUUCCUUUCUUUUGGUCUCCCUUUCUUGGGACGUCUAUGGUCUUCAUGCUUCUCUAUGUUUGGAGCCGAGAAUUUCCAACUGCACAGAUCAAUAUAUAUGGCCUUGUCAAUUUGAGGGCAUUUUAUCUACCAUGGGCAAUGCUUAUGUUGGAUGUCAUAUUUGGCUCUCGCCUUAUGCCAAGCCUCCUGGGAAUCGUUGCUGGUCAUUCAUAUUACUUCUUAACAGUGUUACAUCCACUUGCUACUGGAAGGAAUUUGCUGAAGACGCCGUUCUGGGUACACAGAUUGGCGGCUUCAUUGGAUUGGGGAGUACAACCAAAUUAUCGUGGUCAGCCAAACACGUCUAAUGCCACUGGUAGCGGGGCCUUCAGAGGGAGGAGCUACAGGCUUAACAGAUGAAACCGCCCCCCCUGUGUUUAUCCUCUUUGCAGCACUUUCAAUCAACCUGAUCAAACAUUUUGGUGACAACUUUUAUUCUGACUUCGUUACGUUCUCGUGUAGAAGAAAUGAAUGGAAGGUGGAACAAUUGUGCAAAAUGCAUUUGAUAUUGGUUUGGAUAGAGUUUAUUGGAGGAUAAGAAUGAUAUAUGCCUAUCUCCCAAUUAACUAUGGCCAACAUGAUUUUGAAAGGAUGAUUCAAUUUUAUCAGGUUACUACUGUCAGUUGUGGCUGUUCAGCUACUCAACUUGAAUUAUUUUAAUGUUAUGUGGCUGUUCGGCUGCUCAACUUGGAUGA